AUGCAACCUAUGACAGCCGGUUACCCCGGAGAACGUGUUGGGCUUGACAUCGUUCGCCCCCUACUCAUUUCCUUUCGAGGGUACGCGUGCAUACUCGUCAUGGCGGAUUACUUCACCAAAUGGGUAGAAGCCGUGCUGUUGAACAACCAGAAGACCGCCUCGGUAGCCAAUGCAGUCACUCGCGCGUGGAUCAGUCGUUGGGGCUUCCCUACAGUCUUCCAUUCGGAUUGCGGUGGCAACUUCGAUUCCCAAAUUUUCAGCGACCCGCACUACACAAAAUACCACCCUGAAAGCAACGGGCUCCUCGAGCGCACUAAUCGCACACUACACAACCUCCACCUCGCCUUCUCCUAUGGUAACCACCCCCGUGAAUGGGACGUACAACUCCCCUUAUGCCUACCAGCUUACCGUGGUUCAACCCAUUCCUCGAUCUGA